GUACCAGGAAUAAAACUCGAAAGUGAAAACAACAAAAAGCAUGUCUGCCAAGUAUCACAAUAGGAAGACACAAGUUCUAAAUGAUGUUUAUCGGAAAGAAGGAGUCGAAUUAAUGGAAGAAAAUGAUUUUGAAGGUGCAGUUAGCAAAUUUAAUGAGGCACUUCACUUAUACCCAAGAGACCUGAAAUCUCUCAUCAGCCGAUCAAAGAGCUAUAUGCAGUUGAGAAAUAUACGGAAAGCCAUUGAUGAUGUCGAAACAGCUCUACAUCUCAACAAUCUAUUUAAAGAGGCAUUGCUUCAAAAGGCAGACAUACUGUACCAGACUCAAGACUAUGAUGUAGCAUACAUUUAUUAUAGUAGAGGUCACAAAGUUUAUCCUAAAAAUAAAGGUUUUAUAGAAGGAAUGAAGAAAACAGAGCACGAAAUCGCCAAAUUCAAGAGAGGCAAAGGUAAAAAACAAAAACUGACACCGGCUGGUGAUCUCACUGGUCUUAUACACAAAGUGCCUGCCCCAAAACCAUUUAAGUUUCACCCAAAACAAGACAGACAAGUAAAACACUUACCAAGUGCAACUUUCAGUACUAGACCACUAUGUCAAUUGAUUCGGAUCCACAAGACACCAUCUAUCAGUUUGAUGAAAUCCGUAUCAGUUCCAGAUUUAAAUGAUUUAUCAGAUGAUGAAGAUGAACUGCAGGACAAACGACCGGAAAGUAGACUAGUCAAAUCAACCAUUGGAGAAUUUUAUGAUGAUAAAAAGUACUUGGAAAAACUUGCCAUAGGAAACAAACCUUCACCUAGAGCAACCAAGCUGAAGAAAAAACAAACGGGCAACACAAUUAUUGAAGAAACUGAAGAACCAAAGGAAGGAGAAACAAAUGAAAAUGAAAUUUUGCCCGUGGAGGACGAAAAAAUUAAUUCGCCGAGAAAAAAAGAUGACACGCCGAGAAAGAAUGACACACACAAUCAUAAUGAACAGGAAAAUGCUCCAUUAUGGGGAACACCUUUAGAAGCUAUUGCCAACAAUGCUCUGCACUUCCUGUUUGAUAGAGUAACUUACUGGGAUCGUUUAGGACCACUUCCACCUCCACCACCGCCUAGGAAGUCCAAAUCAAAAAUGUCAGGAAGUACGAUGUCAUUAGACUCUGUCCUCACAGUGAACACUACAAAUUCAAAGAUAACAAGUAACUCGUCAUAUAUCUUUGUUGAUAAAAAGCCCGUACCAACUUACAGGCGAAGGAACUCUCAAGUCAACAUUCAAUUAGAUCCAAGUAAAUUGAACUUUAAUUUCAAAUCAAUACAAAGUGAGAGGGAAAUCAGAAAGAUGUCGAGAAUACCAGAAGAUAAUGAAUUAUUUGCUGAUAGUCCAUCUGGUUUUGGGGAUGCCACACCUGAAAGCGCAGGUCAAUCAAUUACUGAUUAUAUAAAGAAAGAAUUGGAACACAUUAACGAAGGAUAUAAAUUGGGAUGGAUACAAGAAACUAGCAGUAGUUGUGACAAUUGCAUACGAUUGCUAGAGAAAUAUUCGGAGGAGGAAGUUCCUGAGAUACACGAGCUGACCGCCAUUUUACAUAGUUACCGUGGUAACUGUGCUGUACAACGUCGUCAGUUUGAUGAGGCUUUAAAACAUCACCAAAAAGAUUUGUCUAUUGGGGAAGAUUUUGAUAUCAGAUCCUGUAGACACAGAGCUUUGGGAAACAUAGGUAGAGUGUAUAUGUUAAAAGGGAAACACCAAAAAGCUUUAGAAACACUGACAAUGAAAGCUCCUCUUUGUAAGUCUGCUAAAGAUUCAUCCUCGUUGUUCCACGAGAUUGGUAAUUGUUUCCUAGUGCUCUCUAACUUUCAAUAUGCCAAAGAUGCAGCCAGGAAAUCUUUACAGUGCGCGGAGGAAUGUGGAGAUAAAAAUCUACAGCUACAAGCAUGUGUUCUAAUCGGUUUAGCUGAAGUCAAUAUGAAGAAAUACAAAGAUGCUCACAAAUCGUUUGAAGAAGCCUUGACACAUGCUGAAGCGUUAGGUGACAAGAAAGCAGAAGAAGCUAUGAAACAUGCUCUUAUCGACGUCAAUAAGAAAAUAGCUCAUAAACUCAAAACCAAAACUAUACAAAACCGGACUAAUGAAGUCAACCAACAGACUAUGGUCACAGCCGUGUAGAAAAACAUGGAAAACCCUAAAGGACACAAACUAGUGCUAAUAUAUUUGUUAUAAUGAUUGCUGUAUAUAACACAUGGCCAGUUUGAAAGAAUGUAAAGGGUCAAUACUCGUAUAAAAAAUCAUGUGAUUUAUAAUAGUAUUAUUUGUCAAGAAUCUCACAAUGUGUAGAGUGCUAUACCUGGCUCUUUGUGAAUACAUACACGUAUUGUUACAAAAAGCAGUCACAUCAGUCGUAUAAUGUCCUCCUUACAAAUGGUCCAUUUUGUACAGAAAAUCAUUCUUUUGUUGUAUAUCUAUUUAUUUAUUAUCAUGUUUGUUAUGUUUAAAUUUGAUAUAAUUAAAUAAAAUUGUAUCAACGAA